UCCAGGUCCGUCCCUGGAUGACUGAAAUCAGCUGCACAGAGGAUUUGCCAUGCACCCAAGUGCGCGCUCAGGUCCAAUUGAUCCAUGAUACCCCCGCAGCCUCAAGAAAUGCCUAAGCGCCCUGAGCUUAGAUUUUGGCAGGCUUCAGAGGCAGGGAUAUGGAUCAUUACAUGCGAGUCUUAAGAGGUGUGACGGUGCAUGUAGGCCUGAUGAUACAUCGCUUGGAGAUGGAAACAUCGAUAGCAUGGUUCACUGCGGGAACUGAACAAGGGCCAUGGGAAGAAGUGUGCCAGUGAACCGGUUGUGAUGGUGAGUCGGGGUAUAUUUAUGUAGGCCAUGUCGCCUCUGAUACGGACAACAAGCAGCGAAAUCCUACUUCACCUGACACUGCUCUUGAUAUUCCACUCUUCGCCUUCAUCAUGUCGACCUUGAAUGCAGUCAAGUUUCGUUUCUUGAAUCAACCUAGCGCCCAAACUAUCAGACAAUACAUAACUAUCGCAUAUCAGACGGCGACGGACCAAAAGUUAUAUCCAAAGGCCAUCCUCAUUCGCUCGGGCAUUCACCCAACAACCACAAUCGAUGGCAAAUAUCAAAAAGACCCAAAGGGCGAGCACCUGACUCUAUGCUUCAAGGAUGAAGAUAUGCUAGCCAAAGAAACACAUGUUGCCAGCCAUGGAUAUGUGGACUCGAAGACCGAUUGGAAAAUUCGGGAAGCCCGUCAUUCCCCGGAGAAGCCGGACUCGACGAUCAUGAAACGGAACGGGCGCCCCAUAUGGCCAUCUGGAGAAGUGUGCAUCUCGCAGAAGUUGAUCACAAAGAGCUUGGAGCAUAAAACGUGUAAUAGUACGCCGCCAUCCAGCGCGAAUUGGUGGUGCUCUGGGACUGUCAAACUGCUGCAGUGGAAGGAGAUAUUUUCGAAAAUGCGACGGCUGAAGAUUAACCCCCAGUCCAACAUAUCUGAUCGCAAACUAUUCAUCAAGUAA